AGGCGUCCAUCCAAACAAUAACAAAAAGUGGAAAUUGCAUUUCUGACAGACAACAGCCGAAAAUUCUUGAAUAUGCCAAUGAUACCAUUCUUUCCCAGCCUCAAGGUCUCUGUGGCCAAUCGCUAUUGGCUGGACAUGGCGCCCGCAUCUGUUAGCGAGGAGGCACAGACCAGACGCUACGAGGAUGAGCGCAGCAAUUGGCGCGAGUCGCUCAAAACUGCGGGCACAGACCUGCAGCCAUUGGGCAAGAUGCUGACGAUACCGGGCAUCGAGACGGAUGAUGAAGAUGCCAACGAUGACAGCGAGGACACGGACAGCCAUGACGAGGAGGAUGAUGAGACCAACGAUCGUGUCAUUCCCGUUACUCAAGACUUUUACACGCCCGAUGUGGAUGAGUGAGGCAGACGCUUGAGUGGCUACACAAUUAUCUAUUUAUUUACUUUUGUUUGCGUUACACAACGUUUCCCUUUAACAUACUUAGGUUUGGUUUACUUUAAGCUUAUAUAAAUUAAAACAUUGUAAGCAAA